CAUGGAUACGGUUACGUACAAUGACCAGUCGCGCGCCUACGGAUACCCGCGUGUAAUCAGACGAACUUAUUCUUGCCACAGCCACUAUCAUUUGCCGAGUCGAAACUAUGCAUCCACUUCUACCCGGGACAUCUACCCGGGACAUCUACCGUUUCACAAAGAACCCAGCACUCAAAUCAUCUUAUAACUGGGCUCAUUUGUAGAGGAGCUAUGGCAACGCCAUGGCCACUCUCAUGACCAGGGAGAUCAUCAGAUGACCGGUCACUGCCCUCUUUUUGCCCUUUUCUCUCGUUUUUUAUGCCCCCCACGGAAAAGAGCAGCCAGUGUUACCGGGAUGGUUCCUCUGAGAAUAACGCCUUUUUGGGAACGGCUUCCGGAGACCGGGCUGGGGCCAACCCAGCCCUAUGAAUGGAGACCUCGAGAUAACGGGGGAAUCCCUGUGUCCAUGACUGCUUCGGUAGUCGGAAUGAGUCACAGACCUGUCGUUCGUGAUGUCAGCCCUUGUCACGACCAUGGUCACUACCCGAAUCAACCGAGGCCGGAGGGCAUGUUCGACGGAGUCGAGUCCGAACGAGAAAAUUAUCUUUGUUGCCUGUUGCACGGCAGCUAUCAAGAUGCCGAGCCUCGCUUUUUUUUCCGCGGCGCAGAUCAGGCCCGGCAUAGCUUUUGUAUGCAAUCGGUCUUUUCUUUAGAACUUGGAACUCAUCAUUCACAUGAUUGUGUUCAAGGGAUGUACCACUUGUGAUAAAGAAAGAGCCAAUCUGAAAUUCUAGUCUAGUAUGCUGAUGCGAUAUUGUUUCUAUCGAAACGGCUCUAUGAGAUGCGUAGAGAUGUUGAGAAUUAGUGUAGGUGUUGUAAAAAGCAGAAAUUCAAAACCUGAAAUGCAAUGAAGUGUGAGCUCGCUUGCUCAACCAG